CACGUGGGCUCCGCUACGUCACAUCCGGGCCUUGAUAUUUGGGGUUGUGGCUCACGCGCGAUGAAGUGCGUGUUUGUUACUGUAGGGACCACCAGCUUUGACGACCUUAUUGCGUGUGUAUCGGCGCACGACAGUUUGCAAAUAAUCCAGAGCCUCGGUUACAACCGACUUGUCCUACAAAUAGGUAGAGGAAAGGUGGUACCUGAACCAUUCAGCACGGAGUCAUUUAUUCUGGAUGUUUACAGAUACAAGGAUUCAUUGAAAGAAGACCUUCAGAAAGCAGAUCUUGUUAUUAGUCACGCCGGUGCAGGAAGCUGUUUGGAGACUCUGGAAAAAAGAAAGCCCCUCAUAGUGGUUAUAAAUGAAAAGUUGAUGAACAAUCAUCAGCUGGAAUUGGCAAAGCAGCUACACAAAGACGGGCAUCUCUUUUACUGUACCUGCAGGGUCCCGACUUAUCCUGGGCAAGCCAGCCCUUUGUCUCCUGCUCCUGAGAAGUGCCAAGAUUCUGCAGCGCUGACUCCAACUGCCUUCUCAUGCCUAGACUUUGGGCUGCUUUCUGGAUACCUGCAUAAGCAAGCCCUGUCACUGCUACCCAUUCCUACCUGCACCCUGCUUUUUCCUUCUUGCCACACCUGUGUUAUUUUCUCCCCCUCCCCAACUCCACCCCCUGUGCAAAUGCAUAAAGGAUGGAAAAAGUACUGCGGCCAGAAGUCUCUGAAUGAGGCAUCAAUGGAUGAAUAUUUAGGCAGCUUAGGGCUGUAUCGAAAGCUGACUGCCAAGGAUGCCUCUUGCCUCUUUCGGGCUAUUUCGGAGCAGUUGUUUUGCAGCCAGGUCCAUCACUUGGAAAUCAGGAAGGCUUGUGUCUCAUAUAUGAGAGAAAAUCAACAAACUUUUGAGUCUUAUGUGGAGGAAUCUUUUGAGAAAUACCUGGAACGGUUGGGAGAUCCCAAGGAAAAGGCUGGCCAUCUGGAAAUAAGAGCUCUUUCUCUAAUUUAUAAUCGGGAUUUCAUUCUUUAUCGCUCUCCUGGCAGGCCUCCAGCUCAUGUCACAGAUAAUGGCUAUGAAGACAAGAUUCUACUCUGCUAUUCAAGUAAUGGUCAUUACGAUUCAGUGUACUCAAAACAAUUUCAGUCAAGUGCAGCUGUUUGUCAAGCUGUAUUAUAUGAAAUUCUCUAUAAAGAUGUGUUUGUUGUGGAUGAAGAAGAGUUGAAGACUGCAGUUGAGUUGUUUCGAAGUAGUUCGAAGAAGAACAGGAACAAUGCUGUGACUAGCAGUGGGGAUGUCCAUAUUGACUACAAGAGUUCAACUCCGGAUAGGACUGAAGAGUGCGAUGCCCGCUGCAAUGUUGAAAAUAUACCAGAGGGGUACAAUCAAGGAACAGAAGAAGCAAAGUCUCCAGAAAAUCCACCAAAGAUGCUCUUCCCUUAUAAGGUGCUCAAAGCCCUGGAUCCAGCAAUCUAUCGUAAUGUAGAAUUUGAUGUUUGGCUGGACAGCAAAAGAGAACUUCAAAAAUCUGAUUAUAUGGAGUGUUCUGGGAGACAGUACUAUGUGGGAGACAAAUGUCAGGUUCACUUGGAAUCAGGUGGAAGAUAUUAUAAUGCUCAUAUUCAGGAAGUUGGAAAUGAAAGAAAUUCUGUAACAGUCUUCAUUGAAGAAUUGGCAGAAAAGCAUGUUGUUCCACUGGCUAACUUAAAACCAGUUACCCAAGUGACACCUGUUCCUGCCUGGAAUGUUACACCCAGUAGGAAAGGAAGAGAUUACCAGAAAAUUUCCUGGGACUGUGUCCCAGAAAUGGCUAUGUCAGAGAUGGACAUGAAGCAACGGAGGAAGAUGUUCAAGAAAAUUAGAGAGAAAGAGGUUUAUAUGACUAUGGCUUACAGCAGGGGAGACCCCUUCCUCCCAUCCAGGCUUCAGCACAGUAUGCAUUAUGAGCAUGACUCUCCAAUGCACUACUCACAGACAGCUGACGGUGUUAUGUCUAAUGAACAUUUUCAUCCUCAACAUUCAUCUCCGGGACAAGGUCAGGGAUAUGGGAUGCCCAGGGAUUCACCUCGCUUUAUAAACAGGCACAACAUGGCAGGCCCUAAAGUUGGUUUUUACCCUGGCCCGGGUAAAAGGUGCUGCCAGAGCUAUGAUAACUUCUCCUAUAGAUCUCGUUCCUUUAGACGUAGUCACCGCCAGAUGCAUUGUAUGAAUAAGGAGUGCCAGUUUAGCUUUGUUCCAGAGAAUGGACAGAUGCCCAGGGGCUUGGAAGAAACCAUUACUUAUUAUGAAGUUGAAGAAGGGGAUGAGACUGGUUAUCCAACUUUACCUAAUCAUGGAGGGCCCUCUACAAUGGUUCCUGCUGCUUCGAGAUACUAUGUUGCAAGUCGAGGACAUAGCUCAGGCAGACAGACUUUGAAUUCAGAGGAAGGUGAUGGCCAGAGUGACAAUGGAGGAUAUCAUGAAGAAUAUAUUUAUCCUUCAGAACAAGGCUAUGAAACUUCAGGUGUUUAUAGCACAACUGAAUCUACAGCAAACUUGUCUCUUGAGGAUAGAAGACGAUGUUCUAUGUCUCCUCAUGACGCAGUUACCUCAUACAACUACCCCGAGAAGGUGGUGAUGGUAAAUUCUGCAGCAGUUGCAGCUUCCUGUGCAAAUAUUGUUCCAGCCCCAGUCUUACCUAACUGUGCAGCAGCUAAUCAAGCUAGUAGUAACAUUUCAAUUUCCUCACAGAAUGCUAUACAGCCUCUAUUUGUAUCUCCGCCUACACAAGGCAGGCCAGUGAUUGCUUCAGCAUCCUGUCCAUACCUGGCUGCUCCUAUUCCUGCUGCUGCUGCCUCUCUACCACCCCCACCUCCUCCACCACCACCUCCUCCUCCUCUUGAGGUGAGAGAGGCUUCAAACUUACCAUCACUACCUCCACCUUAUUCCUGUGAUCCACGUGGCAGUGAUCUGCCUCAAGAUGCAAAUGUUUUGCAGUACUAUUUCAAUCUGGGAUUGCAGUGCUAUCACCACAGCUUGUGGCACUCCAUGGUCUGUGUGCCGCAGAUGCAGCAGCAGCAGCAGCAGCUUCAUGUAGAGAAUUAUCCCGUCUAUACUGAGCCGCCACCUCUGGUGAAUCAAACCAUUCCUCAGUUAUACAGUGAGGUGGGGGGACGAGAUGGCACACAGGCAGAUGUAUCAGCACAUGGUACUUUUCCAAAUGCUGACCCUGCAUCUGUCCCUCAUGGAGCAUUCUAUUAUCCAGUGAUGUCAGAUCCCUGUGGGCAGCGACCUUUGCCAGGUUUUGAUUCCUGCCUUCCUGUUGUGCCAGAUCAUCCCUGUGUUGCCCCCUGGCAUCCAGUCGGUGCAGCAUAUGUUGGUUCUCAAAUUAGUGGUGCUAUGAGUCCUGGGCCACUUGCCUAUAUUGCUUCACCUCCCUCACCUUCUCAUUAUGUACCUCAGAAUAUGUAAGGUUCAGCAGUAUGACGUGUUCUUGCACUGCCAUUUUUCUUGUUGUUUGGUUUUUUAAAAGUGUUUUAUGUUAGUGUUUAAGUGAUUUAGGGUGGUUAGGGUGGUUACUAUUGUAUCUGUCUUUAAGAUUAUUUUAUCUUUUGAUUUAAAAUAGUACUUUAAAAUAAAGAAAUAUUUCUUUGGGUUGUGAAUAAGGACACUGAGAUGGAUGUACAACUGGCCCCAUAUUUGAGCAUAUUUCAUUGUAUUCAGCUCUUUUCCUGUCAGCCAGCUUGUCAACUUUGUAUUAGCUGAUGGUACCAAUUGAUAAAAGGAGUAAAUCUGACGAACUCUUGCCUUGGUUCAGAUGUCACACAUCGUAUUAAACCAUGCAAAAUUGGAAAAACUACUUUUUCCUAGAAAAUGAAACAACAAAACCAAGAGCAUUUGUUUCUGGGUAACUAGCUUAAUAUUAACUGAGAGUGCUCUUCAGGUUUCUUAAGAAUUGUCUGAACUGAGUUGUGUUCUGUGAUAUUAAUCAGUUCUGAAGGCACAUGGUGCUCUGCUUUAGAUUUAUCCCAUGUGCUGUUGUUUAAUAUUGGAUUUAUGUAACCAUUUUCCUGCACAGUAUUGAUGUCCGUUGCACAUUUACAGUAAAUAAAAAUUAGCAUUUAAAAUUGCUAAGAUGAGUGAGAUUUUCUUUUGCUUUUUCAUGGCAGCAAAGAGUACCAGACAUUUGAUUGUUCCCAUAUGUUUUCCCCCUAGUAUUUUGGUUGCCAGAAAAUGUGAAUUUAUAGCAUGAAUUGGCAGGGUCAGUUGAAAUGUUAUUUAAUCUCAGGACAUCGCAAUGCAUACUACCAUAUCCAGUUCUUUUCCCUUGAGAAUGUCCCUUUAAGUUGUGUUUCUGUUUUUUUAAAAAAAAAUCUGUUAUGGAACUUUAAUCUAGACUUACUUUCUCAUUGUCCUAUAUUUCUAAUGGCUGUUGAAUCUUUAAAUUAUUGUUUAGAUUAACCUUGUAUCUCUCCAGGCCUGCCUUGUCUUCAGCUUUCUGUGAGACACAUUUUAUCAGCCUUUCUGCCUUCUCCCUUCUCUCCCUUUCGUCUACCCGAAGACUACAAGAUUUUCUGUAUUCAUUCAGUUCUCCUCUGAGGGGUAAUUAAUUCAUCAUGAAUGCUUUGCUCUGUCUCACCUACAAACAGCUAUUUUAAAAGUGUUCUUUGGUUGCUACAAAACCUAUUUAUAUUGCCUCCUUUAAAAGUUAUUUAUGUUUGUGAAUCAUUCUGUUCUUUCCCACCUUCAGCUAUACCCCAGGCAAAAAGAACCAGUUGAGACUCAGGGCUCAAGGUGCUUGAACAGGUGAAAGAACUAGAGUGGAAUCCAUUGCAAAGAAGAUAUCCUAUCUUCAGUAUACUGUUCUCAAGAUGAUUGAUAACAGUGAGUUUCAAAUCAGUCAGUGUACUAGUUACGGCUUCUGCUUCGUAAUAGACAUGGAACUGGUAGUGUUUCGGUUUUGCAUCCUGGAUCUUUCCAAGUCCUUGCUCUACAAGUUGGCAUCUGACAACUUUAAUAAAGAAAGAUGGGCAACAGUGCACUGAUCUUUCUAACAACCUCUGUAUUAAUGUUUCAGCUUUUUCUCUGCUAACCUCUUGGGUUCUCAAUUUGUGCAGCCUACAGAUUGUUUUAUGUUUAAAGGUUUAUUUUAGUCAAGCUUGAAACAUGGAACAACCCCUCUCCAACAUUUUUCAAAUAUGCCAGCAUUUCUGAAAUGUACAUAACUCACAGCAAGUGAUUGUCCUAUUUCUUCAACUGUCAGUGGUUCACUAAUUAGCUUCUAAGCAAUGUUUUAGAAGGUUGUAGUCUAUCUUGAGAAUGUGGGUCUGGAAAUUGUGCGGUUUUGAGGUAAGUACAUUUGCCUUAGGCUUCCAGUUGAUUUGUUUAUUUUUUAAACUUGUAGGUUGCUGCCUUGCCUUGAUUUCCAUUACUAAUUUAAUGCAGUUUAAUGAGAUGCUUAUUAUUAACUUAAAAACCCAAGAUCAACCUAAUUGUUGUUACCAGUGUUGAAAUCAAUGGUAUGAAUGGUCUGUUUAAAUCAUACAAGUAUAGUCCACUUGUUUAUGCUUUACAGUCAGACUUCUCUAAGAAAUAAUCAAGGAGUGAGCCCUGACCCUCCUAUUGUUUUGUGAGUUGGGAGGGUGAAGGUAACCUGUACUGCAGCAGAAGUCUGCAGAAGGCAGCUUCUGGGUUAAAAACAAAGUGGUCUUUCUGGUAAUAAAAAAAAAAAACAAAAAACCUAAGACUCAACAUGUUUAAUCAACCUAUAGUAUAAGCAUAGUGGUAGACUUUUUACAUAUAACCUCUAUAGUUGCUGUUGAUAUUACAAAAGACAUCCUGUCUUUUUCUCUGUUGUUAUACCCAACUUUCAACCAUUGAGAAUUGUUGGGGGAAGGAGGAUAUAAAGGCACUGUGGUUUGUUCUGGACCCUUUACUUUCACCGCCUUCCUGAGAUAAAUCUGGUUUACACCAAAGGUAGAAAGCUGGAUCAUUUCCAUAGUGAGGAAAAACAAUUAGAAUUCAUUUUUAUGCUGUGUAUAUUUUUUCUCAAAACUAAUUGUGGUUUUCUGCCUUGAUUAAGAGCAGAUGAAAAUAUUGCAUCUGUUUUACUGUUGAAAUUCAAGACUUGUGAAUUUAAAACAUCUUUCAUUUCCUUAGAGCCUAUAAUCAAGGCAUAACCUUUUAAUUAGCUUUGGAAGUAAAAGUAUAAACAAAUCAUGAUUUUUUGUAUGCGAACACCAUACAUUCAGAACUUAAUUCAGACAUAAAUCUCCAUGAAUAAUGAAAUAGUCCAUUGGAGAAGGGUAGGGCAUGAACUUAAUCUAGAUUUUUCUAAAUCUGGGUCAAAUUUUGUCCAUUUUAUGUGAAACCUCUUUGAGGCCAUUUAUAUUUCCAUUUAUAAUAAAAAGAAUUCAGGAGAACUAAUACAGCAAAAGGCAACCUCUUGUUUCCCCCAUCUUAGCUAGGAUGUUAAAUUUCAGUUGGAGCAACUUGAUUUAGAACGCUUCUCUCCUGCCUCAGUCAUCAAAGGCAGUUUCAGGGAUGUGUGGGGUGCCUGUAUGUGGAAAGAUGGAGCUUCAGGAAAGGAUGGACCUGAGUUUAGGUAACUACCUACUGAGUGACUAAAACUGCUUUAGAAUGAUAAAUCUGGGUAUCAUCUCAAAAUAAUCUGGGGGUGGGGUUUAUAGAUGAAGAUAAGCUGCGUGUUUGUAACUGUUGAAUAAUAACUGUUGAAGAUUGAGUUCAUUGUGCUAUUCCCUCUACUUUUGUGUUUGAAAUCUUUCAUAAUAGUUGAAGAAAAACUACCUUGGUAACUGGCCAUCUGGAGAGGUAAUGUUUAUAAAGUUAGUAAAAGUUCAGGUUUUUAAACAUUUUGCCUUGAAUCCUGAAAAGAAACAAGAUCUUAGAGACACUGUCACAUAAGGUUCAUAGGUACCCUUGUUAAGAUAUCUGGGGGUUGGGGGAAGCCUAUAGUAUAGGCAACUGAUUCUUAAAGUCCUAUAAUUCUCAAGAAUAUUCACUAGCUACAUGUAAAACUAAACUAUAUUAAACCAUGACAUUUAUUUAUAGUUGAAACUAAUUGAGGUGAGUGAACCACUUCAGGUUUAACUGCUUCAUUGUUUUCUAAUAAUCACCACCACCACUUUUGAGUUCACUUUUCUCCUUAUGGCUGCCAGAGGGGAGCUUGGAAACCAGGAAUCCUUUAGUGUUGAAGAGCUUUUUUUUUUUUUUUUUUGUCUGGUAGGUGGCUCCUGCCACUGGCUAAACCUUUUAUGAGAGGGGUGGAGAGUAAUUCUACAAUAUUGAGAUUAAACUGAAUCAAUUCUUAUGAAUUCAGGCCAGUCAAUGAGUAAAAUGUUAAGAUCUAUUUUAGCCAAAUAUUAAUAAUAGUUAUUGAUGUAUUGGUGUUAUAUAGGUGAUCAGUCCCUUCACCUAGUCAACUAGCACACCUUUUCUUGCAGAUCUUAUGGCUUUUUCUAAACUAUAUAAUACAGCUUUUUCAAAUCAUUUGCAGAAUUGUAGAAAAAGAAUUCUACCCUAAUAGUAGUAGGGUAUUAAAGUUCUUGACUUAAAAAAGCUUUUAUUUCCUUGCUGGUGUAUUAACCAGAUCAGGGUAACAAUUCUUAUCUUGAUAAAUUUCAGUUAUGCAAGAUAAGUUCCAGAGAUCUGUUCUACAACUUUGUGCCUGUAGAUAACAAUAUUGUACGCUUAAAAAUCUCUUGAGGGUAAUCUCAUGGUAAAUAUUCUUACCACAAUAAAAGAAAUAAAAGUUCUACCACAUGUAUAGUCCCACAGAAAAGCAAACUGUUUUAUAUUCAGUUGCUUUGCUUGCAUCAGCAGUUGAACUUUGUUUUAAUUUUCUUUCAUUCUUUUAGCUCUGCUAAAAGAGCUUCAGCUACUCGAGAAGUUUUCUUCCUCCUAGUUGUUUUGAAGCACGGUAUAGAUUUGGCUUUUGUUAACCUAGUUCUUUUCUUUUACUCACUGCUUAUUUUUUUCCAACAUUUUAUUAUGAAAAAUUUUAAACAUGAAAGUUGAAAUAACUGCAGUGUACAUCUGUAUAUCCACUACCUAGAUCAUAUAGUUAACAUUUUACUACACUUACCUUUUCACAUAACCAUCUAUAAAUCCUAUUUUUUGAUGAUUACAAAGAAAAUUGCAGACUUAAAUACACUUCACCCCUAAACAUCUCAGCAUGGAUAUUGUUAACUAGAGUUCAGUAUUUGUUAAAGUUUCUUUUUUAAAGGUUCUUUUCUUUUUGAGGUAAAGUUUACAUGUGAUGAAAUGCACAAAUCUUAAGUGUUUGAUGCAGUGAAUUUUGACAAAUCACACAUCUGUGAAACCCAAGCCUUUAUCAAGAUAACAUUUUCAUCACUCCAGAAAAUUCUCUCAUGCUUUUCCCAGUCAAUCCCUGCUUCCCCGAUCCCUGUCCCCUAGGCAAACACUUUCUCUUCUGAUUUUUCUCCUAUCAUAGUUUGUUUUUUAAACUGUAUAUAAAUGAAUCAGAGUAUGUGCUCCUUUGUGUAAGGCUUCUUUAACAUAGGUAUUUGGGAUUCAUCCAUGUUGUACGUGUCAAUAGUUCUUUUUAUUGCUGAGCAGCAUUUCGUUGUACAAAAAUGCCGUUCUCCUGUUGAUGGAUACCUGAGCCAUUUCUAGUUUUUAGAUACGCAUGAAGCUGCUAUGAACAUUUUUGUACAAGUCUUCUUACGAGCAUUUGUUUUAAUUCCUCUUGGAAUUACUGGGUCAUAGGUUAGGUAUAUGUUUAGUACGGAAAUGAAGGUGAUUUUUCCAAAGUGAUUGUACCAUCUUAUACUCCCACCAGCAGUAUAUGAGAAUUCCAGUUGUUUUUCAUCCCCGUCAGCAUUUGGUGGUAUCAGUCUUUUUGAUCGUAGCCAUUCUGGUGGGUUUGGUAGUAAGUGGUAUCUCAUUGUGGUUUUAAUUUGCAUUUCCCUAU